AUGGCUUGGAUACCCAAGGUUUCUGUCGAGGAGGCGCAGCGUCAACUGCGAGCUCCCGGGUCCCUCCUCGAGACCGAGGAAGUCUGCAUCGACGGACGUGUCCUGCGCACCUUCAAGAACCUGCCACCGUCAUGUCGCGCCCUCUGGCUCGGCGCCGUGAAGAUGUACCCCGAGCGCGAGUUCAUCGUCUUCGAGGACCAGCGCUACACGUUCCGCGCCGCGCAUGAGCGCGCCAGUCUCAAUCGGCCUCGGACUGACGGCGACGCAGGCGACCACGUCGGCCUUGUUGCGAGGAAUUUACCGGACUACCUCAUCCUCUUCUGGGCAUGUCACCUCCUCGGUGCAGUACCGGUGCUCGUGAACGCACUUCUGCCGGCGGAGACCAUCAAGUAUUGCCUCGUCAAGUGCCACUGCAAGCUGAUCGUGCUCGACUGGGAGCGCGCAAAUCUGCUUGUGAACGCCGUCGACGGCCUUGUCCGCGACUCGCACGCAACCUGUGGCAUUGUAGUGAUCCACGCCGCGGAGGGGAAACGCACCUGGAAAGGCAUAAAAACCUUGAACGAGGAGCUAAAGCAGUACAGCGGGGACGUGUCGACGGUCAUCUCCGCCGACCCCGCCUUGGUCCCCGAGGACAACGCCAUCAUCCUGUUCACCAGCGGUACGACUGGUCUGCCGAAGGGCGCCCUGAGCACUCAGCGCGCUUUCCUGAGUUUGCUGUUCAACGUGCGUUCGAAGCGUCUCAACUUGACCUUGUCAACCGACCCCAAACAGAGCAUCGCUGGUACGCGCCGCGCAAUGCUUCGACGCGGGGAGGAGAUACCUACUGGCGUCGUGCCGGAAGCGAUAGGCAUAUUGCUCCCCGUACCUCUCUUCCACAUCACAGAAAUCCAGCUCAUGGCCGUCUUCGGUGGGGCCAAGCUCGUGCUGGUGCGGAAGUAUAACCCUAAGCAAGAAAAUGUCACAUUCAUUACGGCCGUCCCCACCAUCAUCUCAGACCUUAUUGACCUGGGCACUUCCGAGCUCGCCGGGCACGAGUUCGCCACGCUCGGCAUGGGCGGCGCGCCCGUCCACAACCAGCUCGUGCAGCGGGCGAAGAAGAGUUUUCCGAAGACGAUGAUGGCGCAAGGCUAUGGAUUGACGGAGACGAAUGCGACGGCGACGUCUAAUUCCGCAGAAGAUUUUGCAGCGCGACCUGCGAGCUGCGGUCUUCCAACCCCCGUCACCGAUAUCCUCAUCGUGGACGACGAUGGCAAGGUUCUUCCGCCGGGACAUGCGGGCGAGAUCUGGGUGCGGGGGCCGCAGGUGAUGAAGAAGUACUACAAUGAUCCAGCGGGUGGCAGAGGCGACGGCGAAGGCUCGUGUUCCGCUGCUAUAGGAAAGAUGAUCGGCAAGCUGAACGUAUGGUGUAUUUGUGAUACAGGUAUUUACGAAGGUGCGCUUUGGGGAAUUCUGGGCGUCGGAUAUGUUUCUGACUAUGGCAUGCAACAGGACGGCUGGUUCAAGACGGGCGACGUCGGGGUCAUGUGCGCGGAAGGUUUCCUGUAUAUCCGCGACCGGAAGAAGGACAUGAUCAUCCGCGGAGGCGAGAAUAUCGACUGUCUCUCCAUCGAAGAGGCGCUAUACACCGAGCCGGGCGUACUCGAAGCGGCCGCGGUCGGCGUACCGGACGAGCGGUUGGGCGAGCUGCCCGUGGCGGUAGUUUCCGUGAAACAAGUGUACCGUGGCAAGGUGACCGAGAAGUCCCUACUUUCGCUGAUAAAUCAGAAACUACCGCGCUUUGCGGCUCCCGUGAUGAUCUCAGUGCGGGAUGGUGAACUGGUGCAUAACGCUGCUGGCAAGGCCAUGAAGAACGUGCUGAGGCAACAGGCUGCGGAGGAGUGGGAGAAGCGGAAGAAGAUGGGUGGACAGGCUAAGGCGAAGCUUUGA